AACUUCUAAAACACGCUUGAUUCCUCAGUUUAUUCAUUUUUAAGGUAAUUUUUAGUUAUUUAAGAAUCUUCCUACACAUUUGCAUGUGCAUGUUCCUUUGUGCUUUUUUCGCCUUUUUCACAAUUUUUUACUAAUAUUUUCACAAUUUUUAUACAUGAAUAUUAUUAAUUUAAGUUAUUGAUUAUUUUUUAAUUAUUUUUUAAUUAUUUUCGAGUACAUUUUUGAAUUUGUGAUUCUAAUUUCCUCUACACAUUUCGGUGUUUUUACUCUAAAAUCUUGAUUCCGCCUGAAUUCUUAUGGAAAUUGACUGCUCUGGCACCUUUUUCGGUAAAUAUUUCGGCAAGGCCUUUGAUCAAAUCUCCUUUGGCUGCCCCUUUCAAUCCAACCCGAACAAGAAACUUGUUAAGGAAUACAACAGGAAACCGAAAAAGUACAGAAAACCCUUAAAUGAUGUCGUUAGAGAUGUCAAAGGCAGAGUCUCUUCCAAUCAUCCCAAUCUACACAAAACUCGUAAUCACUCCAUCAAUCCAAGUAUGAUUGAGGAUGAGGAUCAGUUUGUUGUGGAGAAUUUGGAGCGGGUAAACGAGUCUUCGGGAUUUAACGCUUGUAAAUCUGGUUUAUACUACCUGGGAGCUGGAGUUGGCGCUGUGGGUUUAGGUGCACUUGGCGCUGUCGCACUAUUUGCCAUGGGCACCGUAGCCUGUUCUGUAUACAUCGUGGAACAACUACUCUGCGUCGAUAAAGAGUACCAGGAGGAACUCAAAGCACUACAAGUCCCCAACGUCUACAGACCUGACAUCCACAAUAACAUGUACGAAUACAAAAGCCCAUAUCGUUAUUAAUAUAUUAUCAUACUAUUA